ACGUGUGAUCCAAAUUUCUGAAAGAGUAGACAAAUGGAUAAAUAGAGAGAAUUGAGACUUGGUCGUUUUUAUCUCGAAGAAGCAUGAAUAAGCAACUUUCAUCAUAUACCAUUUUCUAUAAACAAUAAGCUUCCAAGAUUCCUUCCUUCAACAAAGUAUUGAGCUAAUUCCUUUGCUGAUCAUGGACGAUAGCACAUGAGGAUUGAACUUGCAGGAUUGGUAUUUAUGUACCUCUGAAUGUGAACCUUGAUCAUUGGCUAUUAAACAAAAAUAUUAUGGGAAAUAUGCCUGUAAAAUACUCAAACCAUAAAAGUUCAUCCAGGAAGCAGCAAUGUCCAACAUCUAUAAAAGAACUAUGCCAUCAAUUUUCUCUUGAAGAUCUUAAGAAAUCAAGCAAUAACUUUGAUGAAACUCGAAAACUUGGACAAUCACUAUACAGUAUAGUGUACAAAGGUUAUCUCAAACAUAAUGGUGAAAAUGAGUAUCCAGUAGCAUUGGAGAGGAUGACACUUAGAUUGGGCGAUUGGAUGUUCAAGAAGGUAAUUGAACUCCACAGCCAACUUCAUCACCCUAAUUUGAUAUCUUUAAUAGGAUUCUGCGACGAGAAAGAUGAGAAAAUUAUAGUGUAUGAGUACAUGUUCAAUGGUUCUCUCUAUGAUCACUUAUGUUCAAGGGAUCUAGAAUCACUCUCAUGGAAGAAAAGGCUUGAAAUAUGCAUUGGAGUUGCAAGAGGACUACACUAUCUUCACACCGGAGCAAAGCGCGCAAUUUUUCACUGUGAUAUAAAGCCUCAAACAAUUCUUUUAGAUAACAAAAUGGUACCAAAACUCGCACAACUUGGAAUUUCCUUGCAAGAGAAGCGUUCUAAAUCAAAGCCAACAAUGAUUAAACUCGACAACGAUGAACUCCACAACAUUAUUGGUUCGACUGGCCAUGGAUACAUGGCGCCAGAGUGUGUCCGAACCAAUACAUUCACAGAUAAAUGUGAUGUUUAUUCUUUUGGUAUGGUUCUAAUUGAAGUAGCAGGCACAAAUUAUAAGAAUACUAUCUUUGAUAAGAUGGUCAUGUUAGAGAACAAAGAUCGGUUUUUAGAAAAGUCAUCGAAUCCAGCUAACUUUUUGGAGAGGUUCCCUGCUGAUAAGAUUAUUGAUCCCAUUCUCAUGAGAUUAAUAGCGCCGCAAUGUUUGGCAGUGUUCAUGGAUAUCAUGAAAAGAUGCUUGAAUAUAGAACCAAAUGAAAGACCAGCUAUGGGUGAGGUUGAGGUCGAACUUGAGCAUGCUCUAGCACUGCAGGAGGAAGCAGAUUGUGGGAAAAGUAAUGGUGAUUUUUAACUUUUUCCAACCAUCAAUUCUACCUAGUUAACCACUGUAAGCUUCCAAUUUGGGAUGAGAAUAAAUUUUAUGGAUUCCUUUUUGCUUGCUGCUAAAUACAAUUCUUGGAAUGAAAAAGAAAAUGUAUACUUUCCCUACGUUACAUUCCUGUUAAGAGUUCUAGUAGUGACUAUCAAAAGCUAAAACAAUGAAGUAAAAACAUGUUGUCGACAAUAUGUGAUCGUCGACAAGAUGAAGGUGGUCAAGGAUGACAAUGGCAAGACUGAUGUAUGUUGCUUGGAAGUUAUUUUUCAGCGGAUGAGGAAUGUCCAUAAACUGUUUUCUUCAUGAAAUUUAGAAAUUGGAAAGAUUUUCGGUUUCUUAA